CCAACAAUCAAGUACACGGCUUAGGGUUUGGCUGCACCUGACGUAGCCAAUUCCUGGAGGCCAUGGACAAAAGGCCUGUCGCCGGUCGUACCUUAGCCAGCCCGGUGGCGGCGGAUUGGAAGCCAGAUCUGAAGGGCAAUCUCCAUGAGAUCACAGAGUACCUUGAAGAACAGGGCGCCUAUGAUCUCUUCGACUUGCUGCUCAAGGACCUCAUGAUCAAGCAGCCGGCUGACCCGCUGCAGCACAUGCUCGAUUGCCUGGAGAAGGGCCAUCCGGAUGGUCCGCUGAAAGUGAUUGUGUCCUCACCACCAGGCAUCUGCCGUGAAGAGAUCGCCAGGAGCUUGGCAGAGCGCUUGGGCCUCAUCUACAUCGGUGCAGGAGAGCUGCUGCGGGAGGCAGGCGUGAAGACGAGGGAUCUAAGCUUUGCAGAGGACACAGAGGUGUCGAAGCUGGUCCUGGAGCUGGUGAAACAGGCAGAGCACAAGAUGCAGGGCUUUGUGAUCGACGGCUUCCCCAGGACGGCGUGCCAGACUACGUUCCUCAAGGAGAAGGCCAUAGUCCCGACCCACGUGUUGCUGCUCCAGGCCUCGGAAGACUUCAUCCUGCAGCGGGAGAAGGGCAUCGCCGACGGACAGAUCACCGGGGAGACCACCCCUCCCGAGGUCCUUGCAGCUCGGCUCAAGCUCUUCACGGGCCACAAUUCCCUGGCGUUGGCAGACUACGCCGACCGCACCUUCGUCAUCAAUGCGCAGCUGCAGAAAGCGGACGUCUUGGCCAAGAUGGCGGAGGCGCUGCGGUUGCGGCCCCGCUCCAAGGCGCCGGCGCCGCCGCCCCGCGUGGCCAUCGUUGGCGCAGGUCAAGCUGCAGCCAAUCUAGCCAGCCGACUGGCAGCUCGAAUCGGUGCAGUCUUCGUGGGAAGCAACAACCUUCGCAAAGAUUUGGUGACCGCGGGCUCCGCGAACUCCUGUGUGUCCCUGGAUGUGGCAAGGGCCGCGGAGAAGGACCCGCUGGGCGUGGUGGGGGCGCGCUUGCGCCAGGUGGAUUGCUCCAGGGAGGGCUGGGUGGUGGCGAACUUUCCGGAGACCAGCCAAGAGGCGGAGGUCUUGCACCAGGAUGAGAAGCUCGUUCCAUUGCGCGUCGUGGCAAUGAGAUCUCCUGAUCUUCAAGAGCAUCAGCCUGGCAUCCUGCAGGCAUUGCGCGGCCCCGGCAUCAGCAGGUGUUUGGAGGUUGAGGCUGAAGACUCAGAGGAGGUGUUCAAAAGCAUCGUGGAGUUCGUGGAGAGGCCGCUGCCACGACCAGAGAUGUGAGCCGCUUUCGGUGGCGGAUCUGGCAAAGCGGGCAGUCCCCCUAGGGGGCCCUCCGUUGAACUGGAUUCGAGUCAGGCCCCUUUUGGG